AUGGCAUUCUACUUCGCUCUUCUUAAUGUUGCUUCUCGGAAAGAAGAAAAACAACCCAGAGUACGUAGACGUCGACAUUCUAUCGCAAGUGUGGAAUCUCCUCUCCUGGACUAUAGGCUUCUUCCCAGACCACGAGUUGUAUCGAAAGAGCUAGCUAGAGAGGAGAAUGAUGACUCGGAUGAACCUGGACCAUCUGUAAGACGUCGAUCUCGUAACCGUGAAAAUCGUGCAAUGAAAAAGUCAGAAAGCUCAUACUCUGACUACAAAAAAACUGAUCAAAACUCUAAUCGAGAUCAGAGUAGUGAAGCUAAAAACGUGAACGAGGAGCCUGUAGUUACAGAUGAAUUUGCUGAACAUAAAAAAAGCGAAAAGCAAAACCGCAAGGAUGAGAGAUUGUGUAUGAACCAAAUAUGGACCCCUGAAAUGAUUAUCACGCUCAAAAAUGAUUUAACACCAACGGAUAAGCCUAGUUGCUUGUUGACCUCAGCACCUAAAGCGUCUCGCAAUGUGCCGCAGUCCAUGAGAUCUAUCUCACCUCGCUUGAACGAACUUCAGAACGAUUCAAUCACAACGUUUGAAUCUAAAACAGACAAAAAACGUAGAAAAGAUGAGAAAAGGUCUAAAAGCGCAGAUAAAGAACACAACAAAAGGCUUCAAAUGAGUCGAGCAACGCAAGCUAACGUUCACUUGCAUGAAAAUCCAAACAAUCUGAGAAGUACGCGUAGAGGUAAGGGGGGAAGACCUCUGAUCGUUAAACGACGCAUAAGUCCAACGGAGAGUACAACUAGCGGAAGUAGAAGGAGUAGCAAAGAAAGUCAACGUAGCUUACAGCGUAAAGAUAGUCCAGCAUCUUCAAUAUCAUCCGCAAAAGAGAGCGACAAUAAACAUUUAAUGUCUCCAUCGAACAAUCACAAUGGACCAAGCUAUUUGAGUAAAUACGCCAACGACAAAGUGCCACAGCUGAAGAAAGUUACUUUUGAAACUGUCAACUCUCCUUAUGUUAUAAACCGUUCUUUUUUAGGAGAACGCGCAGUACUAGUUCGCCGGUCGAGUGGUUGCGAGACAGUACUGCGGAACUCGACAUCAGAUCCAAGCGAAAAAAUAGCAAUGCCUCAUUCUGGAGAAGAAUGGUUAAAGCGUUUGGAACAAACAGACGAAAUCCAAAAUAGUAUUGGUUCGAUGGCAAAUAUAUGUAUUAUGGACAGACCAGUUAAAUCUUGUUUAUUACGGAGAAGAUCAACGUCUGACAGACGACAUCUGAUAGUUGCGUACGCAAAGAACAAUGUCAACAAAGAUUUGAUGACUUUAUCCGUUGAUCGUCCACAGAACUUAUAG